AAGGAUGUGAUAGGCUGAGGCUAGGGAAGAAAGGAGCUGCUCUCAGUUAGUAGAGCAGUGCCGCUGGAGAGCUCUCUCGUCGACUGCAGGCUCCAGCUAAAAAGACGUGACACCUAACGUUUUAUUUUUAAUUUUAUUUAUUAAUUUUUCGUCGUCUCGUCACCUCAAACAAGAUGUAACUUGUUGACAUCACCUCAAAUAUAUUCAUGUAUUUGAAAAGAGCCGGGAGCGAGUGCGCAGAGACGAGAAGCCGAGCUGUUUUGGCGAAUGGAACUUAUUGUUGUGCAUUUGUUUUGACUAUGUUAUCCCCAAGUGAGUUUGGCUUCAGUCCGUCUCUGUCCGUCGUCGACCCUUGAAUUUUGGGAUUUAUAUCCGAAUAGUUUAAGGGAAAGACCGAAGGAGGAUUCUGCAAAGCCAGCAAGCUUUUCCUACAGAGCCGGGGAUUUAAAUCGUCAUUUGGUGGUGCUCCGGGAGAGGCGAGAGUCAAAGAAAGAAAUUCAUGUGGCCAUUCUCUCGAUAGCCAAACAUUUUUUGGGAUUGCAUAAUGAGCAAGGAAAGACCUAAGAGGAAUAUCAUUCAAAAGAAAUAUGAUGACAGUGAUGGGAUCCCGUGGUCUGAGGAACGGGUUAUGCGAAAGGUGCUUUACCUCUCCCUAAAGGAGUUUAGGAGUGCACAGAAACGGCAGCUGGAUGGUGACGGAACCACAAACUCCAAUGGUUCCCUAGCCAAUGGGCAGCUGAACGGCUCGGGUUCAAAGGGCAGCCAUAAAGAAGAUGGGCGCUCUCAGGGCCUGGAUGGGAGCAACAAGUACUGUGAGGACGGUCCUGCAAAGAAGAGACCUCGGCUCCAGGCUCAGAGGAAGUUUGCCCAGUCGCAGCCCAACUCGCCCAGCACUACGCCCGUCAAAGUGGCCGACCCAGGCAGCCUGAACACCGGCCUGGCCACUGUGCCCUCCUCAUCCCUCUCAUUGCUCUCCUCUUCAUCCCUGUCCUCUUCCAUUCAGGACCUGUCAAGACGCAAGCCCAAGACUGAGGACUUCCUCACCUUCCUCUGCCUGAGAGGUUCAUCGGCCCUGCCCAGUAACAUGGCCUACUUUGGAAGCUCCCAGGAGGAGGAGGACCUGGAGGUGGAUGAGGAGGAGGAGGAGGAGGAGGUGAGGAACGGAGGUGGGAGCCACUCUCACGGUGGUGGAAGCAGCAGCCAUCCCUCGGCCUCUUCCUCCUGCCACUCGACACCCCGCAAGGGCAAGCUCCCCGCCAGGCAGCCGCUCAACGGGCAUGUGUUCAACAGCCACGGUAAAGCAGGGACCAGGGAGAGUCCGAGGCCCAAGGCCGGAACUCACAGCAGGGAUUCGCCCGCCCCACCGCUGCCACCUCCUCCACCUCCACCUCCGCCCCUUCUGAGGGAGCGCAGUGAGCGGGCGGAGGCACGGGAGCACGCGAGGGAACAGCAGGCCAUGGCCAGUGGUCGAGGCUUAGCCAACGGGCUGCCCUCGAGGAGAGCUGCUGAGGAGCUACGCAAACAGGUCUCUAAAGUGAACGGGCUGACGCGGGCAGGCUCGGCACAAGCUGUCAGUGGUGCCAAAAAGAGCCGCGACUUCCGACUGCCGUCCAAAACUGUGAAGAAGUACACAGCCACCGUGUCCAAGGGCCACGUCACCUACACCAAAGCCAAACAGAAAGAACUGGGCAAGAAAACCAAACUCAGCAGCAGCAACAAACACAACAGCGCCGCCUCGGCACCAUCGUCAGCGAACAAUCACAAUCAGCACAGCCAGCCAGCAGCCAGCAAUGGGCUGGCCAACUCAGGAAAAGCAGUGGCACCAGCCCACCACAGCAAUGCAAAAACCCGCAAACAGGUGCUACUAUCCAAUGGGCUGCACAAUGUGGCUGCCAGCGCCCGCCUCAACGGCAGGCUAAAUGGACAGCGGCACAACACCCUGGCCAAGGAGGACAGGCAGAGACAGUCCCAGCAGGGCCAGGGGGAGUGCCCAGGUCGAGAGGGACUGCGUAACUCCAAGCGGCGUCUGGAGGUGGUGCUCAAUUCAGUGGGUACAGGGGUUGUUGAGCAGAAAGCUAAAACCACUGGCUCUGAGGCCAAGAAGGCCAAGCUUCAACCCACGCCUCUGGAGACACGCAGCAGCAAGAAGGUUUCCAAUCAAGAGAAAGCUGCCACGCAAACCACCACCCCUACCACUCCAAUUUCUAAUGGACAUGAAUCAGAAACACCUCCUUCUCCUAAACAAACACGACCUAUUACCCCACUUUCACCUCCUACUCUCCCUCCUCAACAAACCCCGCCUCCUACACCAGCAGCCAAUGCGGAGCCGGUGAACCAGCGACCCAAGCGGGCAUCGGCUGGCAAGCUGAUGUUGAUUCGACAAGCACAGCAGCAGCAGAGCAGGUCUCAUGGUCGGAGCUCCUCCUCUUCCUCCCCCUCAUCAGGCCAGAAUCACCCACAGAACCCCAGUUGUGCCAGCACUACCUCAGACCCCCAACAAACCUCUGUGUCCUCCUCCACCACCUCCUCUCUGCUUACUUCCACCAACAACCCCGGACAGCUCAAACCAGCAGCAUUGAGGACCGCUGACCGUGACAAGGAGUGGGAGCAUGAGAAAGAGAUGGCACGCCAGAAGGAACUCGAGCAGGAGAAGGAGUGGGAGCGCCAGCGGAGCAGGCCAGAGGGCUGGGCAGCGCUGGGUGAAGUCCCUGUCUUUCGGCCAGUGCCGAGGGAGUUCCAGGACCCCCUGGUGUACUUGGAUGCAGUGAGGGAGCAGGCAGAGGAGGCUGGCAUGUGCCGUGUGGUCCCGCCCCCAGACUGGCGGCCAGAGUGCAAGCUGAGCGAGGAGAUGCGUUUUGUUACACAGAUGCAGAGGGUCCACAUGCUGGGCCGGCGCUGGGGACCCAACGUGCAGCGGCUGGCCUGCAUCCGCAAGCACCUCAAAUCUCAGGGCAUUACCAUGGAUGAGCCACCUGUCAUCGGUGGCUGUGAAGUGGACCUGUCACGUUUUUUCCAGAUUAUCAAUGACAUGGGUGGCAUGCAGCAGGUGAUGGACCUGAAGAAGUGGACCAAGCUGGCCGACCUUCUGCGCAUCCCUAAGUCAGCGCAGGACCGGCUGGCCAAGCUGCAGGAGGCGUACCUCCAGUACAUCCUCUCGUAUGACUCGCUCAGCACAGAGGAGCGCCUCCGACUGCAGGCAGAGGUGCUGCAGGAGAAAAAGAACCUGGAGUCGCGCCGCGGCCCUCUGGAGGGUCUCUCGGACUCCUCAGCACCUAGUGCACUGGUGCUGCCACGCUAUGAGCCCAAGAAUGGGCUAGUAGGUGGCAUAGUGGGAGGGGCGACAGGGCACCACCGCAGCAAUGGAGUGUAUCACCGUCUGAAGGAGCUGGAGGCUCAGGUCAAAGCGGGCCGGCGCCGGCUCUUCGCUCAGGAAAAACAAGGCAAAGAGGACAGGCAGCAUGGGGAGCAGCAGCAGCAGCAGCAGGAGCAGCAGCAGGAGGAGGAGGAGGAGGAGAGUGGCGUUCUCAGUGACCAGCACAAAUGUAUUAACAAGGGGAAAUCGGUGUCUUUGACUAACUUCUUCAGGAUAGCCCGGAACACCAUGACAAUGUGCUUUAACAAGGAACCAGGAGCUGCUGACGUUGAGCAAGAGUACUGGAGGAUUGUGGAGCAGAGAGAUAGCCACGUGGUGGUGCAUUGUGGGAAGGUAGACACCAGUACACAUGGCAGUGGUUUCCCCACAGGAAAGUCAGAGCCAUUUUCAAAACAUGGAUGGAACCUCACUGUCCUCCCCAAUAACUCUGGAUCCAUUCUGAGGCAUCUGGGUGCUGUGCCUGGGGUGACCAUUCCCUGGCUUAACAUUGGCAUGGUCUUUUCUACCUCAUGCUGGUCUCGAGACCAAAAUCGCCUUCCAUAUAUUGAUUACUUACACACUGGUGCUGAUUGCAUUUGGUAUUCUGUCCCUGCUGAGGAGAAGGCUAAGCUGGACAAGGUGGUCCAUACACUGCUUCAGGCCAAUGGCACCCCAGGACUAGAAAUGUUGGAGAAAAACAUCAUGAUCUCUCCAGAGGUGCUAUGCCGUGAAGGCAUCAAGGUUUACCGUACGGUCCAGAGGAGCGGCCAGUUUGUGGUCUGCUACCCCGGAGCCUUUGUCUCUAAAGUGUGCUGUGGCUACAGCGUGUCAGAGACAGUGCACUUUGCCACACCGCACUGGAUGAAACUGGGUUACCAGGCCGCAAAGGACCUGAAAUGUCGUCGUAUAGCCAAACCCUUCUCCAUGGAGAAGCUACUGUACCAGAUCGCCACAGCCGAAUCCAAGAGGGACAAUGGCCUUCUCCUCACCACCAUCUCCGCCCUACUCAAAGACCUCAGGAACAUAGAGAUUCGCCAACGGCAGGAACUUUACAAGGCAGGUUUGCGCUCCUCUGCCCGCUAUGGCACCCAUGACAGCAGCCUGGGGCCCAGUGAGGGACGCAAGAAGCCUCGUGGGAAAUGGCUGGCACUGGAGUCCUCAGAGAGACGCUGCCAGAUCUGUCAGCAUCUCUGCUAUCUGUCCAUGGUGGUUCAGGAGACUGACAAUGUGGUCUUCUGUCUGGAGUGUGCCCUGCGCUAUGUGGAGAAGCACAAGUCCUGCAGAGGCCUUAAGAUGAUGUACCGCUACGAUGAGGAGCAAAUCAACAGUUUGGUGAACCAGGUGUGUGGCCGGGCCAUGUUAAAGAACGGAGGCGGUGGUGGAGUUAUCGUCAAUGGAGGAGUAGGGGACCCCUGUCACGGCUUAAGCCCAGCCAAAGCAUCACCGGCGAAGCGAGGCCCCCGAAAGCGUGCUACCGUAGAGGUGUCCCUGGCACGCCUGUCCUCCAGCCACAUACCCAAGGCCGCUGCUGUGUCCUGAGGGGGCGCCUAGGCAUCACCACCCGGUGCGCUGUUCCCACGUCCUGCUCCGACCUUCCCUGAGCCCUCCCAAACUCCUGUGUUUUUUUUUUUUUUUUUUUUUUUGUUGUUUUUUUUACAUUAAGCAGGAUCACUAUCAAUCCCUCCUAACACCCCCAAUGUUCAAGAAAAAAAAGAAAAGCAAGAUGUCUUUUUGCACUAGUGUGAAAGAAGAAUUAGUUUUUAUUCUGGAUGAUUUUAGAAUCCCCCCCCCGUCCCUCCUUAAGUCGUCCUUUACAACAUUACAAGCAUUAAGUGUAACGUUCACAAGAAGACUUGAUGGUCCCUGUUAUACCCUUUACCUCCAUCCACAUCCUCCCUUAACUGAAAUGGGUUACAUUUGUUACCUUCUUCUUGCAUCACUCUUUCCUGCCCUCAUCUCGCCCUUGAGACUGAACCCCCUAAUCUCCCCUUCCCCCUCAUCAUGCAUCACUCAACUGUGAACAUGGGACAAAUGAAAAGGCGGCCUUUUUUUUUCUCCCCAGUUUUCUGAAAUGAAAAUUACAUCAAGUAGUUACCCAAAGUUUCUCUCUGUCCUUGGUUUGAGGAAGAAGAGUCCUUUUUUAUUGAUUUUAUUCUUUCUUGAUGCAGCCCCUGCUGCAUUGGUUUUUUAAGGGGGGGGGGCAAGGUAAAAACUUGAACGACAGACGAUGUUGGUUUAUUGUUGGUUGGCUAUGUUUUUUCAAGUUCUAUUUUGAAUUUUAGCUUUGUUUUUUGCUAGGUUUUUUGCAAGAAGUCUUCUGUGUAUUUUAUUUUUUUGUCAUUGUGGAUGUUCCUGUUCGUUGGUGGACGUGAGAGGGGGCAGAGCUACAGCUGCUUGACCUUUGAAAGGUCACCGCUCACCUCACUUCCUGGUAGUAUGGAGGGAUCCUUCCUUCGCUAGCAAGUGAAAAUGGUGCCUGAUACUUAGCGAGGAGAUCCAUUUUAUUGGUGCUGUUGGUUAUAAUUACUGUAUAACAACACAAAAUUAAAAAUCUGGGGGUUAGCAUCUGCUAUUGGCUAACAGCUAGCUCACGCACCCCCACCCCACAGGGCAGAAAGGCUUUCAGGCUUUUCUGGUUCUAGAUGUGCAAUCGUGUUAACAUUCCAUUCUUCCAGUCCUCUUGUUUCAUCUGUACCAGUAAACAUUAAUUAUUAUAUUAUAUUAUUAUUAUUAUUAUUUUAUUAUUAUUUUGUGUUUUUUUUACUUUUGUUGAUCUGAUGUGUUAUCUCAAGUAGAGCCACUAGUCAAAGAGUGUAAAAUGUGAAAUAUCAAAUCCGAGUUUUGUUUUUUGUUUUCAUUGUCCUUUGUUUUUUGGCUUUUGCAUUUUUUUCCCUUUUCCAGAUAUAUUAUGAGUGAUUUUUAGAGAGAGGAAAAAGUCAAACACAAACAAAACAUCAACUUUUUUUGUACAUAAUCCUGUAAAUUUCUUUAAAUACUUGAGCCUUUUUCUGGGGUGAAGGAAGAAAGAAAGGAAAGAAUAAAGAGAAAAGAGAAAGUUCCAGAGGAGAGUGGUUGAUGAAGAAAAAGCCUUACAUUUCCCUUUCUUCAUCCAUGUGAGUUUGAUGCUUACAGGGUUGCUCUGGUAAACGUGUAUAAAAAAUUUUAAGUGCUGCUUAUAUCACUAAGAAAGAAGAUAUUGAGUAGCCAACGACUGCCCCCCAACCUAGUUUUGUUUGUUUAGCUUUACUUUUUUAAAGAAAAGGGAAAAAAAGAUAUGUUCACAAAAAAAAUGGGUUUUUACAUUUUCAUUACUGAAAAUUCAACAAAAAUGUAGUAGCUACUCAUGUUGCACUGAGCUUGCCAGUGGUGACUGUCAAGGAAAAAUCCUAUAAUCCAGUUUGUUGGUUGUCGUCCCUCGCAGAAGACUGAACUGUUUUAGGACUAUUUAAUGAAAUACCAAGUCGGGUGUUUUCAACAUAAUAAAAAGUGGUUGUCAAGUUUUUAUGGCCUUACAAUAUAUUUUAUUCUGAUGGGAUUUUUUUUGUUUCAGUUCUUUUUGUUUGUUUGUUUCUUCCAUUUUCUACAGUAUAAACUACUUGCUCACGGUGGGGUCUCUGGUGACUUAAUUUAUUAGUGCCGCAUCUCGGCCUUUCCCUCCACUCGGAAAGAGAGUCUCAUGUUGGUUAUAUUGACAGUUUUUUACUUUUGCAGUUUGUACUUAAGGUUUAAUAAAAACUUACCGACAAUUCACUGUCAUUUCUUUCCAA